AUGGACAUGGCAUUGCCGAUUGUGAAUGCCACCACGGCAGCGCUUGCUCGUGUCUCAGCUGCAUUCAACGCUCCUCUUGCCCGUGCUGUCGUCUUCGGGGUUCAUAUCGAUGGUCACUUGGUUGUGGAAGGACUUCUUAUUGCCGUCAUAGUGUUUCAGCUUUCCAGGAAGAGCUACAAACCUCCAAAGAAGCCACUUAGCGAAAAGGAGGUUGAUGAGCUAUGUGAUGAAUGGGAACCAGAACCUUUAUGUCCCCCAAUCAAGGAGGAGUCCCACAUUGACCCACCAAUCUUGGAAAGUGCUGCUGGACCACACACGACCAUUGAGGGGAAAGAAGUUGUAAACUUUGCAUCAGCGAACUACCUUGGUUUAAUUGGCAACGAGAAAAUUAUUCCAAUUACCUCUAUUGCAAAUAUGAAGGAGUUGACUUUCUUAUGUCGAACACUUGCAGAUGUCCACCUUGACUGUGAAGCAAAAAUAGCCAAUUUCCUGGGAACACCGGACUCCAUUCUGUAUUCAUAUGGGAUAUCGACCAUAUUCAGUGUUAUACCUGCAUUUUGUAAGAAAGGAGAUAUCAUAGUGGCUGAUGAGGGUGUUCACUGGGCAGUGCAAAAUGGUCUCUAUCUAUCGAGAAGUACCGUUGUUUAUUUCAAGCAUAAUGAUAUGGCUUCACUCGCUAGCACUUUGGAAAAACUUACUCGUGGAAACAAACGGACCGAGAAGAUUAGACGCUACAUUGUUGUGGAAUCUAUCUACCAGAAUUCUGGUCAAAUCGCCCCCUUGGAUGAGAUAGUCAAAUUGAAGGAGAAGUAUCUGUUCCGUGUUAUUCUGGAGGAGUCUCAUUCGUUUGGUGUGCUCGGCAAGUCUGGGCGGGGCCUUGCCGAACAUUAUGGUGUACCGAUUGACAAAAUUGAUAUCAUCACUGCUGGAAUGGGAAAUGCAUUAGCUACUGAUGGUGGGUUCUGUACAGGAAGUGCUAGAGUUGUUGAUCAUCAGCGUCUAAGCAGCGCUGGCUAUGUUUUCUCUGCCUCUCUGCCACCCUAUCUUGCCAGUGCCGCAGUUUCUGCUGUAAACUACCUGGAGGAGAAUCCUUCAGUUCUCGCUAACCUAAGGAGCAAUGUUGCGCUUCUGCAUGCAGGACUGUCAGAUGCACCAGGACUUGAGAUUUCUAGCCAUGCCCUGUCACCGAUCGUCUUCCUUAAGCUGAAGAAAUCGACUGGUUCUCUGGCCACUGACCUAGAUCUUCUUGAAACCAUUGCCGAGCAGGUUUUGAAGGAAGAUUCCGUUUUCAUUGUGGCGUCGAAGAGGUCAACUCUGGACAGAUGCAAGCUCCCCGUCGGAAUCCGGCUGUUCGUUUCAGCUGGUCACACUGAAUCUGACAUCACGUUUGACCCUGGUUUCCCUUCCAAAUAUGACAAGGGCUUGGUGGUUUUUGACGCCGUGUGUACUCUAAAGGCUGAUUACGUGUUUGGCGCAUCAAUAAAUGGUACCAUGAUCAAGUUCCGCAUCCGUCUAACCGUUCACAAGGAUCCCUUACAAGUCAUUGGGGAUGAGAGGAGGCAUAGGGGUGGAUCAAGUAAGGGGCAGCCUGACUGGAGGAAGAGAUCGAAUGAGAUGCUCAUGCGACAAGGAGAGGUGGCGGCCGUGAAAGACAAGAUUGAUAAGUCGAUCAAUGCAAAGAAAGAGAUGGUAGCUCAAGCAAUUCAAUAA